CUUACCAACAUUAUCUUUAGAUCCCUUGCUGAUGAUUAUGUUAUCAGCUCGCGGCCAUGUGUACUCGGCUUUAGAUCUAGCAGCAGGUUACAUGAAGGAGCGAGGGCUUCUGUACGAUAAAGACAAGCAUCCGAGUGGCCUCGUAUCCCUGACAAACGCCGAGAAUUUCCUUAUGCAAGCGAAGAUGCUCCACUUCAUGCAGACUCGGUCUUUGCCAUUGCUCGAACGCUACACCUUAACCUAUCACCAUGGGCCUUUUGGUUCCAAGCGCUUGAGACAAGCGAUGGCCAACUUCAUCAACACUGGAUUCUUGCCGGCCGUUCCCACAACAGUUGAUGAGAUAUCUUUUGUCAGUGGCGUGACCGCACUCAACAACAUCUUGGCUCUGUGCACAACUGCAGAAAACGAAGGCUUACUCGUAGGGAUGCCAAUUUACGGAUCCUUCGCUCCAGACCUACAGACUAUGUCCAACUGUAAAUUGGUCUACACCGUGUUCAAUGACAAGGAUCAAUUUAGUGUUGAUGCAGUUGAUUGCUACGAGCGCUCUCUACAAGAGGCAGAGAAGAGUGGCACAAAGAUAAGAGCGUUGGUCCUUACCAAUCCUCACAAUCCACUUGGUCGAUGCUACCCUCGGGAGACUCUGGAAGCCAUCAUGAGGUUCUGCAACAAGUACAGCAUUUAUCUUAUCAGCGAUGAGAUCUACGCAUUCUCUGUAUACUAUACAGACGAAUCUACCCCGGGAUUCACCUCAAUACUCUCCAUCGAUCUGGCCGGAAUAAUCGACAGCCAGCUUGUCCACGUCCUCUAUGGUUUUUCCAAGGACUUUGCUGCUGCCGGCCUGAGAUUGGGAUGCCUGGUAUCUAGAAAUCCAGAGCUUACAAAGGCUGUGCGGUCUCUGGCGCGAUUCCAUGGCGCAACACCAUUGACAGAUGCUAUCGCUACUAGCAUACUCGAGGACAGAGAGUUCUGCACACAGUUCCUAGAAGAGAGCGCUCGCGCAUUGGGCGAACAUCAAGCGAUUGUAGUGAAGGCGCUCAACGAUGCUGGGAUCCCAUAUGUUCGCAAAGCAAAUGCCGGGUUUUUCCUCUGGAUUGACAUGUCUAUAUGCUUGCAAAGUCUGUCGUGGCAAGCAGAAGACGACCUGAGGCAGAAGCUCUAUGACAAUGGCGUGGAAAUGUCGGCUGGACAUGCAUAUUACGAUGAAAGCCCCGGAAAGUUUCGUUUUAUCUUCUCGGUUGACAAGGACUCCUUAGUUGAAGGCCUUCGGAGGUGA